GGGUGGAUGGGAUUGGGGUGGGGGGGGGGGGUGAUGAGAAUUUCAUUGUUCAACAGAACCAUGUAGAAGACAUUAGUUGUACAUUCUUUCCAGAUAACCGCACCCCAGCGCCAGAACUUAUUUUCUGCUGUGUGGUUCAACGAGGCAAUUUUAU